AUGAAUUCCGAGUUCCCAACAUACUCAUUUAAAUUAGAAUUUUAUGAUGAGCGUGCGGAUUUGGUUCGUCCAUACGUACUCAUGUAUUUCACACAUUUGGGAGAAAUCGAAAUCUACGAUCUCAGACAGAAAAGAAUUUUCCUCAAGAAAACAACGAAUCAUAACGUACAAAUCAAAGAUUUAUAUAUCGGAAACAAGCUUUUAAUCAAUGGUCGUCAGUAUGAAAUCAUAGAGUAUCAAAACGAGGAAACUAAAAAUGCGUUUGAUCAACAAUCUCAACAUACAUACGCGAUGCUCAAGCCAGGCAAUAUUAAUCGUCUUGGUGAAGCUCUUGAGCGUAUUACCGACUACGGUUUAGUCGUUGCAAAGCUUAGAUAUGGAUACAUUACGAAAGAAACAGCAUCUAAAUUUUACCAAGAACAUGUUGGCAAGCCUUUCUACGAUGAUCUCAUAAAGUAUAUCACUAGUGGACCAAUUGUCGCCAUGGAUCUUGUUGGUCCAAAUGCAAUCAAGAAAUGGCGUACAAUUAUUGGCCCAACAAACCUCGAUACAGCCAAGAAAGAAGCACCAAACUCCCUUCGUGCUCUUUAUGCUCGCUCUACAACAGAAAACUUUGCUCAUGGCUCUGAUUCUCCAGAAUCAGCAGCAAGAGAGCUCCAAAUUAUAUUCGGCGAGAAUGCUGUUGAAUUAGCUUCCCAAUGCGAAGGAUCAACUCUUUGCAUUAUCAAGCCUCACGCAAUUAAUGAAGGACUUGCCGGUCCAAUCAUCCGCCAGAUCGUUGGAGAAGGCUUUACAAUAGCAGGUGCUGUUAUGACAACACUUGAAAUCCCAACUGCUGGAGAAUUCCUUGAAGUCUACAAGACAGUUGUUGGAGAUUAUUCAGAUAUGGUUUCAGAGUUAGCUUCUGGCUUAUUGAUUGCUCUUGAACUUGUUAAGGAUAAUGCUGUAUCAGAGUUAAGAAAGCUUUGCGGACCACGCGAUGUUUCUGUCGCGAAACAAAUUCGUCCACAAAGCCUUCGCGCUAUUUUCGGAACUGAUUUGGUUCAUAAUGCUGUUCAUUGUACUGAUUUAGAAGAAGAUGCACCACUUGAAGUUGAAUAUUUCUUCGUUAUUCUUGAGACUGAAUAA